GUCAACGCAAGGUUCGCUAGAUGCUGGGUAGUGCCCCGCUAAGUGUGGCACUUAGUGAAUACUCUUGCGGGCGAGCAAUUCAAAGUGCUGCUUGGUCUGUGCGAUCCACAUCAUGCGCUACCCGGCUUCGGCCUUUGUGCUUGGCGAAAUCGCAAGUGCCGCGAUGACAAUGGCGAAGGGUAUCCGCGAGCCACUGCCUGACUGCCCAGCCAAUGAUGACACCAGCGCAACCCACACUAUAUGCGGCUCCGAGCGGCUUCAGCAAGCACAGUCGCCGCUUGGAACAUUCGCUGACUCAAGCAAAGGCAAAGUCACCAAGCCCAGCUCAGUAGACCGAGCUUUUCGGCACUCAGCCGCCGUUGCUUGCAUCGAAACAUUGCAUUGGCCGGCUCAGCAGCACGAAACUGCGACGUAG